AUGUCGGAUGCCGAUGUGUCACCUGAUCCGCCAGAGGAUCGGCCAGCAGCGCACGACCACCCAAAGGGGUAUGUUGGCUUCAUUUAUGAGGACGCCUUCAAAGAGCUUUACACUGGCACCUCCACUGCCUCAGCAGAUCCAGGAGAGGAGAAGGAGGCAGAGGGAGAAGCUGGUGCUGCGGCAACCGCCGUGAAUCCCAUAGAUGGUGAGAUCAACCUUAACAAGGAGGCCGAACAGAUCAAGGGCAUAGAGGACAAGCUCCUGGCUGAUGGAAAUCACCUGGAUCACGUCCAGAAACUGCUCCGUACCAUACGACAGGCAGCGAGAGAGGGCGACCAGGAGGAAGCAGUAGAGCUGCUGCAACGCUGGGGCCUUGUGAUGCGGGAGCAGCUGCCAGUUCCAGAAAGCAAGCUGAAGCAUAGAAUCGAUCCCAAUGAAAUGGAACGUGAAGGUCUUAUCAUACCGCGCCGUAUGAUGGAAGACAUGGAGCGAUUUUAUGAAAUCAAGAAGGGAACCAUCCCGCAGCAUGACAACCUGCUAGCGAUUUCCAAGCCUGAGGAGCCCAAUCAUUUCAAAAUGACAAAGUCUUUGCAGCUUCGGGCAGACACUAUGCAGGUCAAAGCAACCCUAACUGAAGAGCAGAAGCAGCUCAUCGCAGCAGAUUUGAAGGAGAGAUUACGAAAGCGGCCUCGGAUGCCAGCUGGACUAAAUGCUGAUCAGAAAGCCAAGAAUAGAGAAAUCGUCAAACGGAUGCAGAUGAAGGUCAACUUCCUGAAGAAUCCGCGAUUUCUAGCUGAUCGGCAAGGGAAGGAUAGGGGUGAGCCAUGCCCGUUUUGGUUCACCCCAGAGACUGUCCUUUAUCGGAAUUACGAGAUUGGCGGGCUCUACCAAAUCCAUGUAGAUUUCCGAAAUGCUACUGGAAUCAGUCGGCGCCUUCGGAUUCUUCCGUGCAACAACACGGCUUUCUCCAUAAAGGAGCUCAAAUAUGACAAGGAGCUCAAUGCGGAGAGACCAGAAUUAGUCGGGCUCGAUCCUCUUGCAGCUGUAGUGGCGCCGGGCAUGGCAGCCCAUCUCACUGUGUCGUUCGCGCCUAACACGCUGAAUGACGAGACGGAGUUUCUGACGGUAUGUACAGAGAUCGGAGACUACCAGCUGCCAUUGUUAGCUAGGCGCGAUCAGCCCAAGCUGAAGAUCGAUGAGCCCGUCAACUGCGGAUGCAUGCUGGCAGGAAACAACAUCACGGAGCCUGUCCGGAUACAAAACCUGGGUGGUGAAGGAGCUUUUCGGCUCAUUGUCAGCGAGCAAGACGCGCCGGAGGAUUACUGUUACGAAUCCUACCCCGGACAAGAGCUGACUCUGGUCGUCGGGUCCUUUCGUAUCUCACCAGCCUCGUUUUACCUGGAUGCCAACUCCUUUACGGACUUGAGUGUUCGCUUUGAGGCUGACAAAGUGGGGCAUCACAAAUGUCCGCUGUUUGUAGAAGGUGACAAUGGUGAAAAGACACCGAUUACCUUGGUGGCAGUGUGUGAUGCCGUUCGGUUGGAGCUGACUCGUUGGCCAACCCUAAAGGAUGAGAUGUCACCUUUGCCUAUUGAGGAAGGAAGCUGUGCGUGGCAACUUGUCCCCUGGCAGCUGAACUGGACGAGGCCCGGGACUCAGGUCGGACAUAAGUCCAAGCAGUCUAUCCAGAUCUCCAACGGCGGUUUUAUGCCUAUGCGAGUCGAGUGGGCUUUAGCGCAGCCCCCGCGUCAGAUUCUGGCACGAUUGGCGGUGGGCGCAAUCAACCGCUUGACAGACAAGUUGAUCAAUGAGAUUCACGACUGGAGGGUACACCUGCCCAACAAUCAUUUAACGCCGCCUUGUCCAUUCAAAGUGGAGCCGGCAUCAGUGAUGAUUGAGCCAUUCACCACCACCACGUUCAAUUUCACUUUCGAAGCAUUUGGGCCUGUGGGAUCACAGUCUGCCGUUUUUGCGUACCUUAUGGCACGGGAUGUGCCUGACAGCAUGGCUUGCUUGUUGCACUACAACCAAUUACUGGACUUGCAGGAUGAGAUGCGGCCGGAUACGGACUACUCGAAGCAUCUCCCACUGUUUGGAGGCGUUGUGAGUGAGCCCUUCGAUAAGAAGCUGAGGACCAACGGCUCGAUGGAUCCUCUUGACAUCAAGGUGGCAGAUCCCAAGGAUUGCGCCGUCAGUCGAGUCAUCACCGCUGUUUGCCUCCAGGGCCAGAGCACAGGGCCCACUAUUUCGACGAUGCCUCGGGCCAUCGUUUUGCCAGGGGACAGUUUACCUUUCGUGCCAAACGUUCGUGAAAUCAAGCUCUACAACUCUGGUUCUCACUCCUCUUAUUUCAGGGUACGCUUGACAUCAACCCUCCACGCAGCUGAUGCCAAUUCGAUUGACCCCCUUUGGGUGGUUUCAGUGCCUGAAGUUGGCAUGAAGCCCCAAGAGCCUCAACCAAUUCCGCAAGCAGAUCCGCAGCUGGAAGAGAUGAGGCUACAGGCUGCCCGGUUGGCAGCAUCAUGGCCGCCACUGCCACCCGAGCCAGGGCUGCCAGGUGCUUCGCAAUUGCCAGGCUAUGGAGCCUUGGCGUCCUGUGCAGUGGAGCCUCACGAGGGCCGCAUCCCGCCAGGAGGUGCUGUCACGAUUCGCGUGACUCUGCGUGCCGUGCAUGAGUGCGAUUUGGAUGGACAGCUUGUCAUUGACUUACCACUGGACUCCAAGAGCAGCGAGCCUGCAGCGCCGCCUCUCAAGGUGGGCAUCGCAGCUGCUGUGCGAGCACCGCGGGCGGAAAUGAGAAGCAAGUCCAUUUUGGACUUCGGAGUUGUCCGGGCGCAUUCCAGACACACUCUGAAAGUGCAGCUGACCAAUCCGACAGAGUUGCCAAUGCUUCUGCAACUCCGCCAGUUCAAGGACACUGCGCGAAACCAUGCCUUUCCUGUGGAGUCUCACCGGGAGGUGGUGAAUUUGUUCGUGGAUGCUGUGAAUCGGAGAAGCCAGGAAGGCUUUGCAGCCAUCGAGUCGGAGCAGUACUUGGAGGCGGCAGUGCAGCCAUGGGUCCAUUCGCGAAGCGGCUGUCUGGAUCAAAGCGGUCGCCGGAAAUUUGGAGCAAAGUCAAGGAGCUCUGGUGUUGAAGAUGAGCUGGAUGCGAUCAAGUUCGUGUCAGAUGAGGAG